AUGAGCAUCACGAUAUCCGACUCCGUUGUCGGUUUUAUGCAGUAUCUUCUCCAGAGCAAUGCUUCAACUAUUACUUUAAUAUCAUGCUCGACUCGGGACGCAUUUAUUGAAGAGCUAUGCCAGUCUUCAACGCAGGAGAAGCCUGGUUCUCCAAAGCCAGAAGCCAGCCAGGCUCAGGAUGCUAGUGAAGAAUCAAUCGCAGAUGUCGAAGGAGAAACAUACACAGACGACCAUCACUGGCUAUUUUCCAAUACAAUUGAUCUCAUAUCUCGCUCGCAAAGGGUAAACUUGGUCUUCUGCCCCACUGUCGAGCAUCUUAGGGCGUAUCUAGGUGGUGUAUUCAAGCUACGGAAGAAGCGAGAUGAACACGAGGUGGAAGGCUGUCUGUACCAGGGCGCCCCUGUGCUUGCUAUCGUCAAUAUGGUCUCUAUCCAUUCGCCUACUUCAGAGUUCUCCGCGCAGGGCCUCUCGAGGACAUCGGCUCUCGCUGUAGAGGCCGCCGCUAGAGCGGGAGUCGAGCUGAUAUUAUGCGAAUGCAAAUCUAUGCAUGAUGGCGAUGAAAUAGAGCGUGGCUCUAGGGUGUGGGACGCACAGGUUCCCCUAUUGAAUUCGAUGGUUAGGUCGAUGGGAGAAGAACGAUCGCCGAAUGUUAGAACCAUCCAGGUGAAGCAGAUUUUGAAGAAAUGGUUUCGGUUCGAUAAUACCAACGGGGAAGAAAUGUAG